AACCACAAGAUGAGAGCUGAGGAUUUUCUGAUUUCCCUGACGACUUUGCCCAUAUUGUUCUCAGCACUCCAUGCGUCGUCGGUUGUCCAAUGUGGAAAAUUCAAUAUAAAUCAAUUUGAAAAUAAGGCCGAGAUUACCGACCUGGACGAGCAUCCGUGGAUCGGACGUAUAGAACGCAGCGACAAGGAUGGAGCUUACGCCUUCGUGUGCGUCGGCGUCCUUAUAGGUUCCCGCCAUGUCCUGACACCAGCUCACUGCGUGGCCAGGGUUUCUCCUGAAGCCGUCCACCUGAUUUUCGGCGACUGGGAUGCCAGCAAUAACAACACAGCUGCCGAUUGCGACAAGGGCGUCUGCGCUCCGCCGGGCCAGCUACGGUCUGUAAGCAAGAUCACCAUCCAUCCAGACUACAAGGAGAGAGACCACCAAAAUGACUUGGCCGUGAUUGAGCUGGACAAGAAUGUGGAGUUCUCCGAGUACGUUGAGCCCAUAUGCUUGCCUCCGGCCGAGUCUGUGACCAACCGCUCAGGUCUCAUCGUGGCGGGCUACCAGAUACCUGAAGGCCGGCCCGACAAUUCACUGGCAUAUAGACGCCACAAGAUGAAGUUCGAGCAAUCUGAAAACACAGAGUGCCACGAGGAGUCCUGGUCAGAUGUCAUCUGCUGGACGACCGACCGGAACCCUCUCUCCGGGUCUGCUUUAGUUGAGGCUUCCGGAAGUCCUCGGAAAUACUAUCUAGAUGGUAUUGUGGUGGUCUCCUUUAAUUUACUCGGAUACCACAGGGGCUGCUUAAGUAUUCGAUCCCACCUGGACUGGAUCCGGCAGAAUACGUCCCAGUGA